ACAACACAGUCAAUAAAGCCGGGAUACAGCAACCAAAUGAAACCAACAACCAGCUGGGAGCCCUCACUUCCAACUACAACCACCUGAACCAGAAUCCAGAUUUUGGUCAAGAUCAUUUUUGCCCUACACAGUCUAUAUUUGACCUUCAGCACGACUGGAAAAUACAUCAGCUAGCUGAGUUUGGAUGCACUGAGUCGCCCCUACCCCAAGGAAAAUUCAGUCACCUGCCGCUGAGGCAGCCUUUCACCGCUCAAGUCUCCACCAAACCCGCGUGCAGCACAGACUCCAGCCCCGGACGAAUCAGCGGCUCGCCAGUGGGGGAGGUUGAAGCCGAUGUGGAGACUGUCGCGUCGCCAUCGCCCACUUCCGUAAAUCCAAACAAGGUUCAGAUACAAAUGGACUCCCUCAUCACCCACCAUAUAAAUAACGGCAAUGGCAGUGGCACCGGCAAUAUGUUGGCCGGAAGUCUCGGGGGCGGUUUUCCAAACCUCCAGAACCAAGAGAUGCAGAACCCGAGUGGUGGCUCAGCUUCACCUCCACUCCAUGGAUUCGGAACCCCGUGGUCGGUUCAGACCAGCUCCCCACCACCCGUCUCCAACUCGGCCAACCCUAUCCACCACGCAAACGCGAUUAAUCAGAUGGCUCAUACCGAGCCAGACAACAGCUUUUAUCCCGGUAUCCCCUCCUCCAUCAACCCAGCCUUCUUCCAGAGUUUUUCUCCGGUGUCGGCUAAUCCGUGCCCCGGCAUUAACGUGCAGGGCUUCACCAGUCCGUUCUCGCACCAGAUCAACGCCCCUCAGCAGACGCAGCAGAGCCGCCGGUCCCCAGUCAGCCCCCAGAUGUACCCCCAGCACCAUCAUCAGCACCAGCAAGGCGUCUUCCUGCAGCAGAGGAACAACUACAACCACCACCACCAGCCCAUGGUGAAGCAAUCUCCCUGGGGGGGCAGUCACCAGGGGAGUGGUUGGAGCUCUGGUGGUAUGUCCUGGGGUCGGGACCACCGUCGUGGUGGAGGCAUGGGCAUCCCGGGCUCUGUCAGCCAGGUCUCCCCCAUGAAAAAACCCUUCUCCAGUAACGUCAUCGCACCGCCCAAGUUCCCCCGUUCCGCCGGCCCCAUGGGCCCCAAGGCCUGGAUUGAGGAGAACAUGUUCCGAACAGACAGUAACAGUAACACGCUUAUGCCUCUCCAGGAUCGAUCUAGAAUGUACGACAGUCUAAACAUGCACUCACUGGAAAGCUCUCUGAUUGACAUCAUGCGGGCGGAGCAGGAUCCAAUGAAGGGCCGUGUGGGAUGCUCUCACCCUGGAGCCGACGGCCUGCUCAUGCUCAAUGGCCGCUCGUCCCUGUUCCCAAUUGAAGACAGCCUCCUUGAUGACGGGCACGGUAACCAGGGAGUCCCAGGGCUUGACACCAACUGUUACCCCCACCCAAACGGGGAGCGCAUUGAGCGUUUCUCCCGCAAAGUGUUUGUGGGCGGCCUUCCCCCUGACAUAGAUGAAGAUGAGAUCACCAACAGUUUCCGUCGCUUUGGCCACCUGGUGGUGGACUGGCCACACAAGGCUGAGAGCAAAUCCUACUUCCCCCCGAAAGGUUACGCCUUCCUGCUGUUCCAGGAGGAGAGCUCAGUGCAGGCUCUGAUCGAGGCCUGCAUGGAGGAGGAUGGCAAGCUCUACCUCUGUGUCUCCAGCCCCACCAUCAAAGACAAGCCUGUCCAGAUUCGUCCAUGGAACCUGAGUGACAGUGACUUUGUGAUGGACGGCUCUCAGGCUCUGGAUCCUCGAAAGACCAUCUUCGUAGGAGGCGUUCCACGCCCUCUCAGAGCAGUGGAGUUGGCCAUGAUUAUGGACCGUCUCUAUGGGGGGGUCUGCUACGCUGGCAUCGACACCGAUCCAGAGCUCAAGUACCCAAAAGGGGCGGGGCGCGUGGCCUUCUCCAAUCAGCAGAGUUACAUUGCUGCUAUCAGCGCCAGAUUCGUCCAGCUGCAACAUGGAGACAUUGACAAGCGGGUGGAGGUGAAGCCCUAUGUUCUGGAUGACCAGCUUUGUGAUGAGUGCCAGGGGGCGCGUUGUGGGGGGAAGUUUGCCCCUUUCUUCUGCGCCAACGUGACCUGCCUGCAGUACUACUGUGAGUUCUGCUGGGCUAACAUCCACUCCCGCGCCGGCCGAGAGUUCCACAAGCCGCUGGUCAAAGAGGGGGCUGACCGCCCAAGGCAAAUUCACUUCCGCUGGAACUGAAGAGAAACUCGAUCACAUGUCACUAUGGAGACAUGGUCAGAAGCAACAGUCAAGGAAGAGAGACAUCGCCAGGCAGGAAAAAGUGUCAUCGCCCUGCUUCUUACCGGAAUGUGUUUCUGCCCGUCUCUCUGUAAAUUAACAGGGUGCUGAGCUAUGAUGACUGGCUCUACAAAAUGGUAGCCAAAAAAUGAUGAGCAACAGCUUCAAAGCAAAUGAGGGAUCCUUUAGCCACCAGCCACCCUACUUGUACUCGAGAGUUCUUGUAUGGCGUUCGUGGUGUGGUUGGUGUUCUGCUCAGAACAGAACAGAGCUCGCUUUUACAUUGUCACCAUUGCCCUGUAACACUUGACUCCUUGUGCUGUUUGUUGAGUAAUUUGAGUAAUAUGUUGAACACUGUUACUUUGUACAGUGCCUUCGGAAAGUAUUCAGACCCCUUGACUUUUUUCACGUUUUAUUAUGUUACAGCAUUAUUCUAAAAUUUAUUAAAUUAAUACAAAUUCUCAGCAA